GCGGCAGCAGCAGCUCCUGGCCACUUCCCCCUCACCGUCCCUGCUGCUGAGCGAAGUAAUGCCACACAUGCCACGGAGCGAAAACAGGAGAAGCUGCGUUUCCCCAGCUAUGUGGAGAACAUACAGCCUUUUUUGUGCAUGGACUCUGCUGUUCCUGACAGAAGUCUGUGCGCAGUCUCAGCUGAGACCAACUUUUACUUGUGGAGGAAACAUCACAGGGGAGUCUGGAGUCAUCGGAAGCCAAGGUUACCCAGGAGUUUAUCCUCCAAACACCAAAUGUGUGUGGAGGAUCACAGUUCCUGAUGGGAAGGUGGUGGCCCUGUCGUUCCGCUUUAUUGACCUGGAGAGUGACAACCUUUGUCGCUAUGACUACGUGGAUGUGUACAGCGGUCACGUCAGUGGGCAGAGACUCGGUCGCUUCUGUGGGACGUUCAAACCAGGAGCUCUGGUUUCCACGGGCAACAGGAUGCUCCUGCAGAUGGUGUCCGAUGCCAACACCGCUGGCAGUGGUUUCCUUGCUGUUUUCUCUGCUGCCCACCCUCAUGAGAGAGGUGACCAGUACUGUGGUGGCAGACUGGACAAGCCUUCUGGGACUUUCAAAACCCCAAACUGGCCCGAAAAGGACUACCCAGCUGGUGUCACCUGCUCCUGGCACAUAGUGGCGCCUAAAAACCAAAUUAUUGAAGUGAAGUUUGAAAAGUUCGACGUGGAGCGGGACAACUACUGCCGCUAUGACCACGUCUCCAUUUUCAACGGGGCAGAAAUAAAUGACGCCAAGAGGAUUGGCAAAUUUUGCGGAGACAGCCCCCCAGCGCCGGUGGUCUCAGAUGGGAAUCAGCUCCUGAUCCAGUUCCUCUCAGAUCUCAGUCUGACUGCCGAUGGUUUCAUUGGACACUACAAGUUUAGACCGAAGAAAAACCCGCCCACCACUGUACCGCCUACCACCACCACCUCACAGCCUGUCACUUCCAGGUCGAUAACUCUGAAGUACUCCGUUGCCCUGUGUCAGCAGAAAUGUAAAAGACGAGGGACACUUGAGAGCAAUUACUGCUCCAGCAACUUUGUGAUUACUGGGACAGUCAUUACUGCAGUGAUGAGAGGAGGAAGCAUGUAUGCAACCGUCUCCAUCAUCAACGUUUAUAAAGAAGGCAGCCUAGUGAUCCAGCAGGCGGGGAAAACUAUGAGCACCAAGAUCGUCAUCCUCUGUAAAAAGUGUCCAUUUAUCAGAAGAGGCUUGAACUACAUCUUCAUGGGCCAGGUGGACGAGGAGGGCCGGGGGAAAAUCGCCCCUCACCACUUCGUCAUGGCCUUCAAGACGAAGAACCAGAAAGGACUCAGCGUUCUGAAAAACAAGCAGUGCUAAUCUCCGGUAGAACCCAGGAUCUCCUUUGAACAGUUCCUGCUGGAGACUCGGCUGUGGAUGGAAACGAAUCAAAACACGGACCAUGAAUUAAAUAAAUAUAUGAUUACAGAGCUAAAACGUUGCUCUAUUCAUCAACUCAGUCAGGUACUUUUGCGGCGGAUGUGGAACUGUCGGUGUCUUCUGCAGACGGAGAUUAAUGUGCAGAAAAUAUGUGAAAAUGUCCUUUUCUGUUCCCAAAUGGUUCCCAGUCCAGUCACAUUCCCAACUGCAGGGAUUUAAAACAGAGCUAUUUAGAGAAACGUUACCCUGGACAUCUGUUCCGACAUCCCAUAGUGGCACUUUUAUCUUGAAACCAUUCUGCACUCAGCCUUUUUUUUUUUUUUUACCAUUAAAGCUGCAGAAUAAAUGUGAAUAAAGUCAUCAGGUUUGACAAUCUUGCCUGAUACACAGACAUGAUUUAUGGGACUUGUGUAACAAGCAGCUUUUGCAUUGUUUCAAUGGGCAGGGUUGGAAGUUUUAAACAUGAUAAAGUGCAAUAUUUAGUGUUCCUGUUUUUCAUGGAGUGGGUUUCCAUUUGUUUUUCACUUUCCUAUAGAUGCAAUGCACCACAAGCAUUAAUGUCCUUAAAUUACCGAUUUAAAGUAACAAAAAGACUAUUUUCAUAUGAACAAAAUCUAUAUAUUAUUUAUAUUUGAUUGUUUUCACCAGUUCUAAUAAAACUCCUCCAACACUC